GGUAGGACCCCCAGUAAGUCAGUGCUUUUACGCCACGAAUGACGCAAAUCAACGCAAGAGCCGGGGGUGGAAAUGUCGUCACCAUCCGUCUGGGGUUGGCGGAGUUGCCGCGAGAGGGGCGUGUAGACCCCGCCUCGGUGGGUGGGGAGUGGCAGGCCCCGCCUCGCCCCCUCUGGCAGGCUCCGGCCCGAGUCGCUGCGGCUCUGGCAGCCGAGCGGGAGCGCGGAACCCGGAAGGAUGCGGCGCCCGCGGCGGCCUGGGGGUCCCGGCGGGUCUGGGGGUCUCCGGGUGCUCCUCUGCCUGAUGCUGCUGGGCAGCCGUCCGGGAGGCUGCAACGCCAUUAGCGCCCACGGCUGUUUGUUUGACCGCAGACUCUGCUCUCACCUCGAAGUUUGUAUUCAGGAUGGCUUGUUUGGACAAUGCCAGGUGGGAGUGGGGCAAGCCCGGCCCCUUUUGCAAGUCACCUCCCCAGUUCUUCAACGAUUACAAGGUGUCCUCCGACAGCUCAUGUCCCAAGGACUGUCCUGGCACGAUGACCUCACCCAGUAUGUGAUCUCCCAGGAAAUGGAGCGCAUCCCCAGGCUUCACCCUGCAGAGCCCCAUCCAAGGGACAGAUCUGGCUUGGCGCCCAGGAGACCGGGUCCCGCUGGGGAGCUGCUUUUACAGGGCAUCCCCACUGGCUCCGCCCCUGCUCCCCAGCAUCGGCUUCCUCGACCUCCAGUAGGUAGGGGUGGAGCUGGGGCAGGCUCCCCCCUCUCCCCUUUGCAGGCUGAGCUGCUGCCCCCUCUCCUGGAGCAUCUGCUGCUGCCCCCGCAGCCUCCCCACCCUGCCCUGAGUUAUGAACCUGCCCUGCUGCAGCCCUACUUGUUCCAUCAGUUUGGCUCCCGCGAUGGCCCCCGGAGCUCAGAGAGCUCCCCAGGAAUGGUCAGUGUUGGCCCCCUGCCCAAGGCUGAACCCCCAGCCCUCUUCAGCAGAGCUGCUUCCAAGGGCACGUUCGGGGCUCACCCUGGCCAUUCCUAUGGGGACCCUCCAGAGCCUCCGCCUGCUCAGCUUUUCCAGGAGUCAGGGCUGCUCUACCUGGCCCAGGAGCCACAAGUGCCCAGCAGGGCCAGGGCACCAAGGCUGCCAGAGCAAGGGGGCAGCAGCCAGGCAGAUGACUCCUCAGAAGGCUAUGAGGAGGAAGGACUAGAGGGUCACAGGGAGAAGCCUCCUUCCCCAGAAGAGCAGCCAGAUGUGACUCUGCAGAGGCUGGCAGCUGUGCUGGCAGGCUACGGGGUGGAGCUCCGUCAGCUGACUCCUGAGCAGCUCUCCACCCUCUCCACCCUGCUGCAGCUGCUGCCCAAGGGUGCAGGACGAAAUCUGGGAGGGGUUGUAAACAUUGGAGCUGACAUCAAGAAAACAACGGAGGAGCAGGUGCAGGACACAGACGCAGCGGAGCCUCCACCGCCCACACCCUCCCUGCCCGGAUCCCCCACUGCUGGUCCCACCUCCAAUAAAGCCCAGCAGGAGCUGAGCUCUGGAUACUCUGAGCCUCCCAAAGCUGCCGGCCCCCCUGCCACGCCCAUCCUGCGAGAGGAGAAAAGGCCACUGGGCCAGAGCCAGCCCACGGCGGCAGGGCAGCCCUCUGCUAGGCCAUCAGCAGAGGAAUAUGGCUACAUUGUCACUGACCAGAAUGUCGUGGGACCAGCCCUUACCUUCCGCAUCCGGCACAAUGAACAGAACCUGUCUUUGGCCGAUGUGACCAAGCAAGCUGGGAUGGUGAAGUCUGAACUGGAAGCACAGGCAGGGCUCCAGAUCUUGCAGACAGGCGUGGGACAGAGGGAGGAGGCAGCCGCCAUCCUUCCCCGACGGGCCCACAGCACCUCUCCCGUGCGCUCCGUGCUGCUUACUCUGGUGGCCCUGGUGGGUGUGGCCGGGUUGCUCGUGGCUCUGGCAGUGGCCCUGUGUGCACGGCAGCGUGCGCGGCAGCGGGACAAGGAGCGCCUGGCCGCGCUGGGACCCGAGGGCGCCCACGGUGACACUACCUUUGAGUACCAGGACCUGUGCCGCCAGCACAUGGCCACAAAGUCCCUGUUCAACCGGGCAGAGGGUCCACCGGAGCCCUCUCGGGUGAGCAGCGUGUCCUCGCAGUUUAGUGAUGCGGCCCAGGCCAGCCCCAGCUCCCACAGCAGCACACCGUCCUGGUGCGAGGAGCCCGCCCAGGCCAACAUGGACAUCUCCACGGGACACAUGAUUCUGGCGUACAUGGAGGACCACCUGCGGAACCGGGACCGCUUGGCCAAGGAGUGGCGGGCCCUGUGUGCCUACCAGGCGGAGCCCAACAGCUGUGCCACCGCCCAGGGGGAGGGCAACAUCAAAAAGAACCGCAACCCUGACUUCCUGCCCUAUGACCACGCACGCAUCAAGCUGAAGGUGGAGAGCAGCCCUUCUCAGAGCGAUUACAUCAACGCCAGCCCCAUUAUUGAGCACGACCCUCGGAUGCCAGCCUACAUAGCCACACAGGGCCCACUGUCACAUACCAUCUCAGACUUCUGGCAGAUGGUGUGGGAGAGUGGCUGCACCGUCAUUGUCAUGCUGACCCCGCUGGUGGAGGAUGGUGUCAAGCAGUGUGACCGCUACUGGCCAGAUGAGGGCUCCUCCCUCUACCACGUAUAUGAGGUGAACCUCGUGUCGGAGCACAUCUGGUGCGAGGACUUCCUGGUGCGGAGCUUCUACCUGAAGAACGUGCAGACCCAGGAGACGCGCACGCUCACGCAGUUCCACUUCCUCAGCUGGCCGGCAGAGGGCACCCCGGCCUCUACCCGGCCCCUGCUGGACUUCCGCAGGAAGGUGAACAAGUGCUACCGGGGCCGCUCCUGCCCCAUCAUUGUGCACUGCAGUGACGGUGCAGGAAGGACUGGCACCUACAUCCUCAUCGACAUGGUACUGAACCGCAUGGCAAAAGGAGUGAAGGAGAUUGACAUCGCUGCCACCCUGGAGCAUGUCCGUGACCAGCGGCCUGGCCUCGUCCGCUCCAAGGACCAGUUUGAAUUUGCCCUGACAGCUGUGGCGGAGGAGGUGAAUGCCAUCCUUAAGGCCCUGCCCCAGUGAGACCCUUGGGGCCCCCUCCGUGGGCAGCCCAGCCUCUGCUCCCUCUUUGCUAUGUGAGCAUCUGUGUACUCACUCCUCACUUCCCCACCUGCCACCUUGGCCCCUCUUGGGCAUGUCUAGCCCUUCCAAGAGGAGUGUGUAAAGAAGGGGAAGUGGGAAGGGGCACGCC